AUGGAGCCGGCGGAGGUGAAGGAUCGCAUCCUGGAGAACAUCUCCCUCUCCGUCAAGAAGCUGCAGAGCUACUUUGCUGCCUGUGAAGACGAGACCCCAGCCAUCAGAAACCACGACAAGGUCCUGCAGCGCCUGUGCGAGCAUCUGGACCAUGCUCUGCUCUAUGGCCUCCAAGACCUUUCCUCAGGCUACUGGGUGCUGGUGGUGCACUUCACCCGGCGGGAGGCCGUCCGGCAGAUCGAGCUGCUGCAGCACGUGGCCACCAACCUGGGACGCAGCCGGGCAUGGCUCUACCUAGCCCUCAAUGAAAACUCCUUGGAGAGCUAUUUGAGGCUGUUCCAGGAGAACCUGAGCCUGCUGCACAAGUACUAUGUCAAGAAUGCCCUGGUUUGCAGCCACGACCACCUGACCUUGUUCCUGACGCUGGUGUCUGGGCUGGAGUUCAUCCGCUUUGACCUGGACCUGGACGCUCCCUACCUGGACCUGGCCCCAUACAUGCCAGACUACUACAAGCCUCAGUACCUGCUGGACUUUGAGGAGCGCCUGCCCAGCUCUGUGCAGGGCUCUGACAGCCUCUCCCUCAACUCCUUCAACUCUGUCACCUCCACCAACCUGGAAUGGGACGACAGUGCCAUCGCCCCCUCCAGCGAAGAUUAUGAUUUUGGAGAUGUCUUUCCAGCAAUGCAAGCCAUGCCCAGCAGAGACUGGGAAGAUGGAGACCUCACAGACACCCUCAGCUGCCCACGCUCCACUGCCUCGGAGGCCAACGGCAGCAAGGCCUCCGUGAAGAGCCCCACGCAGCGCCACAACCCCUUCAACGAGGAGAGGGCUGAGGGCACGUCCUCCACUGAGACCACCCCAGUGCACACAGCUGCCCAGGAGAAGGCAGAAGCCACCCCUGAAGGAACAGACCAGUCAGAGAGCUGCACGGAGCUGGAGGUCAUCAGGUUAGCCAAGAAGAAGAGAACAGGCAAGAAGAAAAAGGCGAAGGAGCCGGUGGCCGCCUGCGUGGCUGCAGAGCCCGAGGGCCACCCUGCGUGCGGGGCCGUCGGCGUCAAUGGACUCAGCGACAGGGAGGAGCCUCCGGGACCCCCCGCGCCGGAGCCCGGCCCCGGCGGGCGGGGGGAGGGCUCCGCCCUGGGCCAGCUGGCUCUGCGCAUCCCCGAGAUGAAGGACAGGUCCAUGGAGAGCCUGGGGCAGCCGCUCAGCAAGGUGAUGGACAGGCUGAGCGGGCAGCUGGACCCCGGCGGCUGGAGCGGCUCCCCGCAGCCCCCCGGGCAGCCCUUUCGGACCGGCACGCCAGGGGACACCCCGGACAGAUCGUCCCCUGGCGGCUUUGGUGAGGGGAUUUCAGCCCCCAUGGACUUCUACCGCUUUACCCUCGAGAGUCCAAACGCUGCUGCAGCAGGUGGUGGCCACCAUGACGCUGCAGGGCCUGGCCAACCGCCACAUGUUCCUGGUAGCCCUGAGGCUCCUGAAGAAGAAGCAGGUGGAGAGGGAGAAGCAGUUGAGGCGGUAGAGGAGUCUGGAGAGGCAAGUGACGGACCCCAGCCUGGCCAGACAGACAUCAGCGACCCCCAGGUUCUCCACGACGCAAAGAAGGAGCAGCCCAGCCCUUCCCAGAGCAGUGCUGAGGACUCUGGUGUGGAGGAAGGGCAGGGCAGCCCCUCGGAGCUGAGCCACCCCUCUGAGUUCAGGGUGGAUAACAACCACCUCCUGCUGCUGAUGAUCCAUGUCUUUCGGGAGAACGAGGAGCAGCUGUUCAGGAUGAUCCGAAUGAGCACUGGGCAUAUGGAAGGGAACCUGCAGCUGAUCUACGUCCUGCUGACCGACUGCUACGUGUAUCUGAUCCGCAAAGGGGCCGCGGAGAAGCCCUACAUGGUGGAGGAGGCUGUGUCCUACAACGAGCUGGACUACAUCUCGGUGGGGCUGGAUCAGCAGACAGUGACCCUGGUGUGCACCAACCGGAGGAAGCAGUUCCUGCUCGACACUGCCGACGUGGCCCUCACCGAGUUCUUCCUGGUCUCCUUGAAGUCAGCCAUGAUCAAAGGGUGCCGGGAGCCGCCAUACCCCAGCGUCCUCACCGACGCCACCAUGGAGAAACUGGCACUUGCCAAGUUUGUGGCCCAGGAGUCCAAGUGUGAGGCCUGUGACGUGGUCGUGCGUUUCUAUGGCCUGGUGCACUGGGAGGACCCCAUGGACGAGGCGCUGGGACCCCACGGCAGCAGCUCCAGCUCCAGCGCGGUCACCAAGGAUGGUGUCCUGCACUACAAGGCUGGCACCUCCUACCUGGGCAAGGAGCAGUGGAAGACCUGCUUCGUGGUGCUGAGCAAUGGGAUCCUGUACCAGUACCCAGACCGCACGGACGUCACCCCCCUGCUCUCCAUCAACAUGGGCGGCGAGCAGUGCGGGGGGUGCCGGCGCUCCAACACCACCGACCGGCCCCACUCCUUCCAGGUGAUCCUGACGGACAGGCCCUCGCUGGAGCUGAGCGCCGACAACGAGGAGGACAUGGCCGACUGGAUGCAGUACUUCUGCCAGGCUGUCUCCAAAGGGGUGAUCCCCCAGGGUGUUGCCCCCAUGCCUUGUGUGCCCUGCUGCCUGGUGCUGACAGAUGAGAAGGCCUUCACCUGCCAUGAGGACUGCCAGACCAGCUUCUUCCGCUCGCUGGGCACCGCGGAGCUCACCGACGUCACCGCGGUCUCCACAGAGGCUGGCAAGGAGUACUGCAUCCUGGAGUUUGCUCAGGACAGCAAACAGUUCCUGCCCCCCUGGGUCCUCUACUUUAGUUGCACUACAGAACUGGAGAGGUUCCUCUCGGCGCUGAACGUUGCAUGGAGGAACAUCUACCAGGUUGAGCUCCUGCACAAGGCCAUUCUGGACGCCACUGUCAGGAAGAAAUGCGAAGAUGCCCAGAGCCUCAUCGGCAGCGCCUGGCAGCGCAGCGACAGCCUCUGCCGCGGCCGGGCCGAGCGGGACCCCUGGUGCUAG